AUGUGUGAUAAGACAGUUUGUAUUUUCCAGGAAUAUUAUGGUAAAUACUUGAAAAACGCAAAAGAUUUGAGAACCAAUGCAUGCGUAACCCCAACAAAGCCAAUUCCCAGCUAUAUCCUGGAUGCCCUGAAAGAGGUCCACAGUGAAGUUUCUUCUCGGUACUAUGGCUGUGGAAUUGUGGUACCAGAAUGUCUGGAGAACUGCAGGAUCCUGGAUCUGGGCAGUGGAAGUGGAAGGGACUGUUACAUGUUGAGUAAGCUGGUUGGACAGAAAGGCUACGUCACCGGAUUAGACAUGACUGAUGAACAGGUCGAAGUUUCCAGAAAUUACAUUGAUUAUCAUAUGAAAAAAUUUGGCCACCAGCAACCCAAUAUUAACUUUGUCAUAGGCUACAUUGAAGAUCUUAAAGGUGCUGGCAUAAAAGAUCAAAGCUAUGAUAUUAUAAUAUCCAACUGUGUCAUAAACCUCUCUCCGGAUAAGAAAGCUGUGCUAAGAGAAGCUUAUCGGGUGCUAAAGGAUGGUGGAGAGAUGUACUUUAGUGACGUCUACUCUGAUAAACCUAUUCCCACUGAAUUAAAGCAAAACAAAGUUCUGUGGGGAGAAUGCAUUAGUGGUGCACUCUGCUGGGAAGACCUUUAUCAGAUUGCAGAAGAAAUUGGUUUCAGCCCCCCACGGCUUGUCACCUCCAGUUACAUCACAGUGAAUAACAAGGAUCUGGAAGAGAUUAUUGGUGCCUACAAGUUUGUCUCUGCUACAUUUCGUCUCUUCAAGCUCCCUGGGGACUCUGUGAAGGAAAAGGGUCAGGUUAUUUAUAAUGGAGGAGUCACAGGCUGUGAGACUGAAGUGCAAUUUGAUGCAAAUGUAAUUUUUAAGGAAGGUGAAGUAGUGGAAGUGGAUGAAGAAUUGUGGAGCAUCCUCAAGAGUUCACGAUUUUCAGAUGAGUUUCUAUUUCAGCCUGCUGGGAAGGCAAGCUCUUGCCAGAAGAAAAAGGUUUGUUCUGCUUGUUAA